UAACACAGCCCCAGCAGUGAAAUCCUGUUUUGAAAUAUGUGACCGGAAGUCAAGCUGUAGUGUUUCUGAUUAGCUUGACAAUACUUUCUAAACCCUGCAAAGGAAAGCGGACUGGUCGCAGAGCAUCAUCCUGGGGAGGGCGAGCCGAGAUGUUUACACCUUCUGGUUUUUCUGGAGAAAUAUUAGCCACGCGUCGCCGCCGCCGCCGCCAUGCCGUAGACAACCCACCGGGCGUUUAGAUGAAGCCUAACGGGGACCUCAGCAGGGAGGAAACGGGGUGGCUGUAACCGAGGGUGGGGAGGGAGGAUGUACUGGGCUGCCGGCUUUGCCUCUUCCCAGCCGUGUGUGGUUGAACUCGGGCGGAAUCACAGCCUGCCCCUCGGGCUGUGCGGCUCCGAGCAGCAGCAGUCUCUGUAUGGCUAUAUCAUCGCCGUCCCCUUGCAGGACUGCGGGGGCAUCAUGUCGGCUCUGGGGUCGGACUCCUGGUGGAAGAAGACCCUGUACAUCACUGGGGGGGCCCUGCUGGCUGCUGCAGCCUACCUACUGCAUGAACUGCUCGCCAUCAGGAAGGAGCAGGAGCUGGACUCUAAAGAUGCCAUCAUCCUCCAUCAGUUCUCCAGGCCAAAGAACGGCGUGCCCAGCCUCUCACCCUUCUGCCUCAAGAUAGAGACGUACCUGCGCAUGGUGGACCUGCCCUACCAGAACUACUUUGAUGGAAAGCUGUCGCCGCAGGGUAAGAUGCCCUGGAUCGAGUACAACCACGAGCAGGCGUCGGGGUCAGAGUUCAUCGUGGACUUCCUGGAGGAGAAGCUGGGUGCCAACCUCAACUACAACCUCACCCCGCACGAGAGAGCCGUGUCCCGAGCUAUCACCAAAAUGGUCGAGGAACACCUGUACUGGACGAUAGCCUACUGUCAGUGGGUGGACAACGUGGAGGAAACUCAGAAGCUCCUGGCGAUGAGCGGGCCCCUGAGCGACACACUGAAGUGGCUGCUGAGCCACCUGAACGGCAGCAUGGUGCGCAGGGAGAUGUACGGCCACGGCAUCGGACGCUUCUCUAAGGAGGAGGUCUACACGCUGAUGGAGAAGGACAUGAGGACGCUGGCCACACUGUUGGGAGACAAGAAGUACUUUAUGGGCUCUAAAAUGUCGACAUUAGAUGCUACAGUGUUUGGGCAUCUAGCCCAAGCUAUGUGGACUCUGCCUGGGACACGACCAGAGCAACUCAUCAAAGGAGAGCUGAUCAACCUGGGCAUGUUCUGCGAGCGGAUGCGGAGGAAGUUCUGGCCCGAGUGGUUCGUGGAGGUGGAUGAUCUUUAUUAUGACGGAGACAGCGAGAGCAGCGGCGGAAGCGUCUCCCCUACGGGCCUGCAGGACUUUGGCCUCUUCUCCCGGACCGACACUCUGGAGGACAGCGACGCCAGCGGCCACUCAGCCGGACACACGAACACGCACUCCCCCAAAUCUGACCACUCGCUCUUUGACUCGGACGUGGGCACGGGAUCCGACAAUGACAUUCAGCUCAAAGAGGAGCCCAUUCCCGACCUGGAGGUUUGACCUGAGAGCGGUCGUGACCGGCUGACAGGUUGAGACUGACACGUUGAGACUGACACGAGAGGAGAACUGUGUCGGUUAGCUGGAAAAAUCUGGCAGUCUGAACGGGUUGCCAUAGAGCAGCUCUCACACAGCUGAAGAAAACUAUUCCAGCUCCUCCAUCUCCAAUACCCACAACGAUAUACCUUCCUGAUGGACAGACUGGGUAUUAAUAUGCAGAGCAUACAAACUGAACCUCUUAAUACACAUUCUACUGUGUGGUCUGCCCCCCUCCUGUGACAUCAGAACUGUCCCUGUGGCAGUUUCUAUUUGCCUUAUUUGUCUCGUCCUAAGAUGCAGAAGCCGGUGUGAAAGGUUAACGCAAAGGAAACAUCUCGUGGAAAGUGCGGCGACGACGGAAUAGUGGUGCAGAAGCGGCAGGUGGCACUUCACUUGCUAUGAAAAGAUGCAACUAAUCACCACUCCGCCACGUGUCUUAACACACAAACCCCGUUGGAACAGGUGGAGAUCGAUCAUGUGGCUGAAAGGAACAGCUGCUGCGUCUCGGCUGUUAACCAUUCGUGUGCUGGAGAGGAAACACCGAUGACACUGGGUGCCAGUUCAUUUUCUAGUCUAGAUUGAUCCUCGUGUCAUUUCCUUUAUGCUACUACAUGAUGUAUGUCUCCAUAAGACCACGUCCAUA